AUGUCGGACAUUGAUGUGCAGAGGUGCUGGUUGUCGCCUCCCCUCCCCGGUCUCCAUGAUUGGCAGUGGAACAUGUCCUCUUUGUCCCGUCUGCUGCUGUGGAAGUGUUUUCUGCUGCUGACCACGGCCCCAGGCUCCGGAGGCCAGAGCACCGGAGGCCAGAGCGCCGGAGGCCAGAGCGCCGGAGGCCAGAGCGCCGGAGGCCAGAGCACCGGAGGCCUGCGCAUGGCGGCCAUUUUAGAUGAGCAGGUCUCGUGGUGCGGCCGCGGAGAGCGUGCAGCGCUUACUCUGGCCAGAGACGACGUCAAUGAACAGCUGCAAGGUUCACGAGGAAGUGUCGAGGUUGAGGUCUACGAACUGCUACAGGACUCUCAGUACCACACAACUGAGACCAUGUGCCAGAUCUUGCCAAAGGGUGUGGUGGCUGUGAUUGGCCCCGCCUCUAGCCCCGCCUCUGGAUCCACCGUGAGUCACAUCUGUGGAGAGAAGGAGAUUCCCCACGUUAAGAUCGGCCCUGAGGAGACCCCGAAGCUCCCGUACCUCCGUUUCGCCUCAGUCACUCUGCACCCGAGUAACGAGGACCUGAGUCUGGCUGUGGCCUCAGUCCUGCGGUCCUUGGGGUUCCCCACAACCAGCCUGAUUUGUGCCAAGGCUGAGUUGAGGAGGUUGGUGUCUCUGAGACUUUUGAACAAAGUGGAGGAGAUCCUCGUCCCGUUCAGCCCGACAGACGAAGUCUUCUCCUACAACAUGUCCCAGCUCCCGUUCGGACGUCCCGCGGUGCUCUUCCACACUCACUACUCUCUGCUGCAUCAUGUGGACUUCAUCAGCGGCUUCAGCAAAGACCUGAGCCUCCCGCUGUGGGCCUCCUACACCCUCCCAGCCCAGGGUACGCUGCUGGACUUGGAGCUGGCCUCUACACAGAGCUGCCUCAGAGCUGAUCAGAGAGUGUCUCCAGCUCACAGCCAGAGCUGCAGCGUUUACCAGCAACAAGAACAUCUGAGCUACGGCUUCCUCUUCCCACCAGAUCUGUCGACGUGUGCAGAGUCCCGGCUGGAGGCGUCGCUCAUAACCAACACUGUCCCCAUGUUUCCUGCUUUCAAACGUGUGUGGAGUUACCUCCAGAGGGUGCUGUUCAGGCGAUAUGCAGAAGAGAGGAACGGGGUGAACAUUCUGGUCGGACCGGUGUUUGAUCACGACUCGGACGGACUCCGAGACUCAGCCGAGCAGAUCGCAGAAUCAUCGGCAGGAGCUCCUCCCAUCCCCAGUCACAUGUUCGCGGUGGUCUCCAGCUGUGUGGACUACAACACCACUGUGGAGGACUGUGAGGACCACCUGGAGCUAUUCUCCUUCAUCCUGCCCAACCGACAGGACAACAGCGAAGCCUGCAACAGCCAGGAUCCGGUCCGGUCCCAGGCCUGGAGGUCCCAAAGUCCUGCUGGAGUCCCGGUCUCUGCCUGGUACCUGUGCCCUGCUCUGUGCCACAGUCGUGUGCCACUGCGUACGCAUAGUUACGGCUAG